ACCUGCGCAGUGCGCAUUUCCCGUUUUGUAAACUUCGUUGCCUGCGUCAGUCAUCAAGAUUCGAGUGCUUAAGUUUUUCACCACAUAAUAAUUAUAUUUGUGAAAAAAUGUAUUACCAGUAGAUGUUCAUAAGAGUAUCUAUUAACUAAAAAAAGUGGUUCAGCUGACCUUAUUACGUUAGCGAUUAAACGAAAUAACUAUUGUGAUGUGAUGAGGUGUUUCACUAUCGGUGCCGUCAAAAAGUUUUGAAAGUUGUUCAACUUUUUAUAUUUGAAAUAAGUGGUUGUGUUUAAUAAAAUGUGUGAAUAUUGGCAUGUGAUCCAAAUUGAAAAUUCGUUUUUGAAUGUUUGUGAAGAUAGUAUGGUGUAAAUAACUUCUACACCAGUUGCUGUUCUCCAGAUAAUAUUCGACCAAUUCCAGUAGCGCAGUGCUUGAUGCGGUGACAGGAUGGACGCGGCGGACAAGCGGAUGUUGGAUCGCGAGGCGCUCCGCAACAUGAUCCAACAGUGGAACGCCAACCGCCUCGACCUGUUCGAACUCAGUGAGCCCAACGAGAACUUGGAGUUCCAUGGUGUUAUGCGUUUCUACUUUCAAGAUUCGGGUCAGAAGAUAGCGACUAAAUGCAUUCGUGUCGCCUCAGAUGCUACUGUUAGUGAUGUUAUUGAAACGUUAAUCGAGAAGUUUCGUCCGGACAUGCGGAUGCUGUCCCUGGGCUCGUACUCGCUGUGGGAGACGCACGGGCCGGACGACGAGCGCAAGCUGGAGCCGCACGAGAAGCCUCUGCUCGUGCAACUCAACUGGCAUGCGGACGACCGCGAGGGGCGGUUCCUACUCAAGUGCCUUACGAACAAUGAGCUUCCUUUAUCAACUGUGAACGAAAAAGCUGAUCAAAACUUCAAACGAAAAUUAUCGAAACGAGAAAAGAAAGAAUUGAAGAAAAAGGAAAAAUUGUCUCGCUUAAAAUCUGACACAAAUGAUGAAAAUCGUCCCGUCGCUGAGAAACUAUACACAGAGCUGCCGGAGACGUCGUUCACGCGCAGCAUCAGCAACCCCGAGGCCGUGAUGCGGCGCCGCCGCCAGCAGAAGCUCGAGCGCAAGCUGCAGCAGUUCCGCUCCAAGGACGGCGGGCCCGACACCGGCGGCACGCUGAAGAUCUACGGCUCGUCGCUGUGCGCCGACGUGCCGUACAAGACGCUGCUGCUGUCGGUGGGCGACACGGCGGCCGGCGUGCUGCGCGAGAUGCUGGACAAGUACGGGCUGGCGCGCCACGACCCGCACCACUACUGCGUCGUGCAGGUGGACUCGGCCGACAACUCGGAAUAUAUCCUAGAAGACGACGAGUGUCCUCUCGCCAUUGUGAUGACGCAUCCCCACCGCAGUUCCAUCAUGUUUCACGUCCGACGGCGACCGUCGGACGCGCAGCCUCGUCGUAGGAAGAAGAAGACGGGCGUGGGCACGGGCAGCGCGCGGCCGGGAAACGAGCCCAUGUUGCUGGAGGUGGCGCCCGACGGCUCCACGCUGGAGAACGGUCGUCGCGUGCGCGUCACGGAUGUCGUUGAGGUCGGUUCAGGCAACGGUACAGCCCUGCAGCUGUACGGUCCCUCGAUUCAACCGCGACACUGCGUGGUGGCCACGGCGGAGGGAGGCGGCUACACCGUCACGCCGCUGCAUACAGACGCGCAUGUUUACGUUAAUGGACGACGUACGAUGCACUCACAGCGAUUACAGCACGGCUGCCUGCUCAAGUUCGGCCGAGUGUCAACCUUCCGCUUCGUGGAUCCAGCUCAAGAGAAUAUCAUGAACAGGAAUCUUUCACAGUCCCAGCACUUCGGCUCCGGCUCCAUUUACGACAGAUCGCCGUCGGGCGAGAACAGCGGAGCGAUGUCUCCGACGUCGCUGGCCUCCCACCAGCCGGACGGGUUAGACUCCAACGCGAACGUGAACGACGCGGACUACCCGCGGACCAUAAGCCCCGUCUCCCACGACACGUACGGCUACAACGCCAACGACACCGUCCCGCCCUAUAACAACAACACGCUCAAGUUGGACAACGAGUCGCUCAUGAUGUCGCAGCAUCUUAGCGACUCGAAGGACGACUACAUACGGGACGAGCACUCGGGCUCGGUGUACAACGACCAGGACCAGAGUGCGACCGGGAACCGCGCACCCAACGCGCAGUACAAGGACAACUACGAGACCACGUUCGAUCUCGAAGGCAACGUCGAGACGAAGAGCAUCUGUAGUGCUAAAAGUGGGGGAUCGGGACACGACAACAGGAGCGCGGUGCUGAGCGCGCGCGGGCAGGAGGCCAUCCUGCCGGCCGUGCUGGAGUUCCCCGAGGCGGGGCAGGCGCAGUUCCUGGCCGCCGUCAUCUCGCGCCUCGACCCGCACGCGCCCGCCUUCAAGCUGGCGCCCGUCUACACGCUCUACCUGUGCGCCCGGUAUCGGGCCUCAACCCACUACCGGCCGGAGCUGACGCCGACCGAGCGCGCCCACAAGCUCACCGCAUUCUUACACCACGUCGCUACUCUCAUCCACGCUACCGUACAGGAACGCUGUACGGAUUCGGCCGCUCAGGCGUUUUGGAUGGCGAAUGCUAGCGAGCUCUUACAUUUCCUUAAAUGUGAUCGACACAUUUCAUCAUUUUCCACACAGGCACAGGACCUGCUACCGACGACCGUCCAGAACGCUUUUAGCAAUCUAGUAUCGUGCUUCCAAGAGGAGCUGUCGCGCGCGCUGGCCGAGCUGACGGAGGCGGGCGCGGCCGACGCCACCGAGGCCACGGCGCCCACGCUGCAGGCGCUGGCGGCCGCCAUGGUGCUGCUGCGCCGCUGCCGCGUCAACGCCGCGCUCACCAUACAGCUCUUCUCGCACCUCUUCCACUACAUCAACGCCGUCUGUUUCAACAAGUUGGUGACGGAGGCGGGCUCGGUGAGCGCCCGCUGGGGGGGCGCCCUGUCGGCGCGCCUGGCACUGGUGGCCGCCUGGGCCGAGAGACAGGGGCUCGAGCUCGCCGCCGACUGCCACCUAGCCCGGACGCACCAGGCCGCUCGCCUGAUCGCGGGCACGUACCGCAGCGCGGAGGAGGUGUGCGGCGCGCUGGGCGCGUGCUUCAAGCUGAACUCGGUGCAGGUGCGCGCGCUGCUGGCGCCGCUGCUGCCGCCCGACCUGGUGGACGCGGCCGCCGCGCACGCGCGCGCGCGCGCCGACGAGCUGUACCGCGCCGACGGGCGAGAGAUCACGCUGGAGGAGAGCGUGUGGCUGGGCGCGGCGCUGCUGAUCCCGGGCGACGGCUUCAGCGCGGAGGUGGUGCGCGGCGUGCCGCCCGGCCUGGCCGAGUUCGUGGCGCCGCUGCAGCGCGGCGGGCUGUGCCGCCUGGCGCACCAGCCGCACGCGCUGGGCCUGUGGACCGUGUACAUGCACGGCUACGGGGCGCCGCCCGCGCACCAGCCGCCCGACGGCCACCCGCGCGUGCACAUCGUGCAGCUGCACAAGAACACCAACGGCAUGGGGCUCAGCAUCGUCGCCGCUAAGGGCGCUGGUCAGAGCAAGCUCGGCAUAUACAUAAAGUCGGUGGUGCCGGGCGGGGCGGCGGCGGCGGACGGGCGGCUGGCGGCCGGCGACCAGCUGCUGUCCGUGGACGGGCACUCGCUCGUGGGAAUCACGCAGGAAAAGGCCGCAGAGUAUUUAAUGCGGACGGGGCCAACUGUAACACUUGAAGUUGCAAAACAAGGCGCGGUGCUCCACGGACUGGCGACCCUCUUACACCAGCCAACCUAUAAUCAGCGUCAAGGCGCGGGCCCGGCGUCGGCGCGGCGCGCGUCGGAGCGCGACCUGCCGGCGCGGCUGGCGGCCGAGCCCGUGAAGCCCAGCAAGAGCACGCCGGCGCUGCACCACGCGCCGCCCUCGCCCGCCACGCCCGCCGCGCCCGCGCACGCGCCCCCCCUCGCCGCGCACCAGCCCGGCAGCAACAUGUCGACGCUGAGCGGCGGCGCGAGCAGCGCGUGGGCGCACAAGUCGCGCAGCAGCCACAACCUGUCCGCGCAGAGCGACUCCUUCUACCAGAACCUGUCAACCAUGCACGCGCAUCAGCACCAUCCGCUUCAGGACAGAUGGUCGUCUCUUCGUAGUUCGACCGGCAGUGGGAGACCGCAAUCGGCGCAUUUUACUGCAAGUAGCGCCGACCAACCGAGUGAGGCUGGAAAUACAUUACAACAUCAGAACAACUCUGCGAAUGCAGCGAACGCAAGAGCUGCUAAACUAGCUGAAAUGUCUGAGGAAGUGACAAGACGGCAACAGCAUCAACAAUUCCAACAGCAGCAAUUUCAACAGCAACAACAAUUACAACAUUUACACCAGCAGCAGCAGCAACAGAUACAAGCUCAACAGAAGAACAAUGUUCCCCACCAUCUUAUGAACUCACAGCAGAACCAAUCCCAAAUGCAUUUACAUGCAAGUUCGCAGUCGAAUCUAGGACCAAUGCACGUGCACGCAAGUCCGUUGCCAAAUCAGAGCCCAAUGCACGUGCACCCAAACCAGCAGUCGAACCAAGGUCCCAUGCACGUGCAUACAAACCAGCAGUCGAAUUCAGGUCCCAUGCACGUGCAUACAAACCAGCAGUCGAAUUCAGGUCCCAUGCACGUGCAUACAAACCAGCAGUCUAAUCAAGGUCCCAUGCACGUGCAUACCAACACGCAUUACGGCCCGCAGCAUAAUUCGCCACAACUGCCGCAAGGAAUGCACUUAAAUAUGCAUACUCAGUACAUGCACACGCAGACAGCAGCGCAGGCAAAUAAUCAAGUCUAUCAGAAUCAGAAUCCGCAGUCGCAACAGCAAAGGUAUGAAUGGUACCCGCCGGGCCCUCCGUCGCCGCAGCGAACCCAACCGCCCGUCGCACCGAAACCUAUUUCACAGACAACAAGAAGAUCAGAAACAGAUUUUGACGAACAAUACCAUCAGCAUGCACAUCAGAUUCAACAGACUUCGACUGUCCAGCCCGACGAUGAACGGUACGUAGCGAGCGCAUCGGAGCCUCCUGCGGUGUCGGUGUACCCGGUGGGCGGCGCGGGGGGUGGCGCGGCGGGCGGGGCGCGCGCGCAGCCCCCCCACAACCCCUGGCAGAGGGAGGAGCGCGAGCGCCAGGCCGAGGCGCGCCGUGCAGCUAACCGGGCGCGCAGAGACGCGACAAUCGCGCAACUGGUGUCUUUAGGAGCGACGCGUACGCCGGUACAGAAUCAGCAACUACGCGCCCUGCAGCUCGAGCGUGACUUCGAGCGUCGCGCGACGCAGCACCAGGACGACUGUAUAGGGGCAGAUGGUGGCGCAGAAGAAGAGAGUCCUUCAUCCGAGACGGAGCAGGAGAUGGAACCUGAGCCGGAAGUACGUCAGCCUCCGCCGCCCAAGUCUAUUCUCAAGACGAAUACACGGACUGACCUCACUAACGGAUAUACUAUACACACAAGCGUAAGCGAGGAGUCUCGCAUAUCGGAAGUGUGCAGCGGCGUGGCCAACGUGUCCGUGUCGAGCGCCAGCGCCGGCACCGCCGGCUCCGUCGGAGGCACCAACCCUCCGCCGCCGCCCGAGCGCGGCUCGUCGUUCGCGGUGAUGGCGGGCCGCCGCCUCGAGCCGACGCACGCCCCCCUCCCCUCCAACCCGCCGCACCCCGCGCAGCCUUCGCAUCCGCCGCACCACCACGAACAGGCCGCCGCUCCGCCGCCGCAGUCCCCAGUGAGCGGCGCGCGGGACAAGCGAGUGUCGUUCCACGAGCGCGCCGCGGCAGACGCCGCCCCCGCCGCGCCCCCCGCGCCGCCCGCCUGCUCGCCGCCGCCGCUCGACCCGCCCGCCCCCAGGGAGGACCCCGACCGCUUCAUCGAGGAGGCGGAGAGCAUGCUGGCGGGCGGGGUGUCGCCCGGCGGCGCGGCGCCCGCCUUCGCGGCGCACACGCCGGGCGUCAUCGGCGCGCAGGAGGUGUACCGCGACCCGCGCGCGCGCCGGCUGGCGGAGGCGCAGGCGCGCGCGGCGCCGGCGCCCGUGCCCGAGCAGCUGUCCUUCAAGGAGAAGAUGAAGAUGUUCGCGCUGGAGUCCGGCGAGGCCUCCACGCCCAAGGAUAAGGUGAAAAUAUCAAGGGCGCAACGAGACAUUGAUGCUGUUCAUUAAUUUAAUAUGAAAUUUAAAAAAAAAUUGCAUCCAUUUUCUAUUCCUCGAUGCGUAGAGUAGCCUUGAGGCAUCCUCGAUCGCGUCAUACCUGUCGAGUGAUGAGAGUAGGACGCGAAAGAUGCUAGAAAUAUUUAAUAAAACUACUGACGAUGAAUCGUGUCAAUAUAUCGAUUUAUAUAAAUAUUAGAAGAAGAAUUAUAGCCAGCGCUACUCAGUAUCGCAUAUGAAAAUAAUAUUGGUAGUAUUAAAUAGAAAAUCGAUUAUAAAAUAUUAUCAGUAUUACUACGACAGUUUAAAAAAAAAGUAGUAAUAGAAAUUUAGUCUUUGAUUUCUGAUAUAAAUGGCAAUGAUUACGGACCAGAGAGAGCUUUUAUAUUUUGGAAGUUAUUCCGCGAGUACCAUUUACGAAUAUCGGCACCAAUUUAUAUGUCCAACUUAGAAUUAAGUCAGGUUUCAUAGAAAUAUAUUUUAUAACAGGGAUUUUGAUUGGUAACUCAAUAUGUCGCCUUAGCAGCUAGUGCAAUGUUUUACAGUGAUUUUAUAGCAUCUACCAUUUUAUAUAGAAAUUAUUUGAUUAUAUUCGAAAUUUAGAAAAUUAUAUUUAAUUCGAUUUUUAAAAAUAUUGAUGGCACAUUAAACAUAUUAUGCAGAAAAAACGUAAAAUUUUCCGUGUGCCAUUAUUAAGAUAUUUAAUUAUUAUAAAUAUUUUAUAUGUAUAUGACACUUUCCUCAGAAAGGACCAAUAUUAAUUAAACUAAAAAUCGGUGGGUGCCUUUGUGUGUUCUAGUAAGUAAUCAAAUAUCUAUGGCAGGCUUGCAGUGAAGGUUCGAUAAGCGUUCGCAAUGGUUUUAAUAUUUUUCAUAAAUGAUUUAAGUAUUUAUUAUUCGAGAUUUCGUCACUAUGAACUUAACUAUGAAUAAUCGCUCUUCAGAAUACAAGCUGAAUAUUACCGAAAACUUCGUUGCAAGCCUCGUUUUCUCAAAUGAAUCCUAUAUUCUUACAUUUAAUCUUCGUUACAUUCCAAAGAAUGAUUCUAAUCUUUUCUUUUUAUGAAGCAUUCCUUGACACAUCCUAUAUUGUACUCUGGUGUGUAUGACAGUCUCACAAAUGUCUGAAAUUAUUAUAUAUGUGCUAAUUGUUAAUAUUCAAAUCGUAAGCAAUAAAUGAACGUGGGCCUUCUGUAAAUACAAGUAAUGUAACAAUUAAUAUGUUAAGCACAUUUUGUGCCAAAUUUUUUACACUGGCGGUAAAUACGUAAUUGGCGUAACCGAUAAAUGGCAGCUUCACAAAAUACACAGGUCACAACUUCACGGUUGCUCCUCAUGUAGCUAAAUAAUUGUCGGCUUCAUCUCAUUGUGGCACCUAUUUAUUGUAUAUAAUAUAGUUAGUAAGAUACUAUCAUUGUUUUGAGGUUUUUGUACGCCCGUUGUAUAUGUAAAGGUUUAUUUAAAAAUACAAUUAUAUUGAAACGUUAACGUAUAAAUUGUAGAAAGUACGAGCCUCUACGAACGUAGUAUUUAGCUUAGUGACUGGGAAACGUUGCGUUCUCAGUAUUUCACCCAACGAUAGUCAAUUAGCGAGAGUAAAUAUUUUAUAGAAUUGUUUCGGCUAGCAUGUAUAUAAUUAUACCCAAGAAAACAGAGUCGUUUGCUCUGUAUUUUUAACGUGGCCUAUGAAAUAUGUCAAAAUAUUGUAACUGAAAUACUUCUUACAGAAAUUGAUUGUAUUGCUCCUGGUAGCAAUGAUUAUACCUACGUUAGUAAUAGAAACAUUAAAAUAAAUAAAUUAAUUAACAAUCGA